AUGGUGAGGUAUACAGGGUAUUUUACCUGGCGGACAAAGUUAGCUGUGAAGAGACUGUCAAGUAGUUCCAGACAAGGUGUACCAGAAUUUAAGAAUGAAGUAGUAGCUACAAUGGCAAAACUUCGACACAGAAAUCUUGUAAGGUUACAAGGGAUUUGCUUGGAUGAAGAAGAAAAGAUACUCGUAUAUGAAUUUUUGCGCAACAAAAGCUUGGACAAUUUUCUGUUUCGAACCGAAAACAAAGAUAAAUUGAAUUGGUCACAGCUGCAAAUUAUUGAAGGCAUUGCAAGGGGAAUACUUUAUUUUCAUGAAGAUUCUCAGCUCAAAAUUAUACAUCGUGAUCUUAAAGCUAGCAAUGUGUUGUUGGAUGAAGAUUUGAAUCCAAAAAUAUCUGACUUUGGUAUAGCUAGAAUUUUUGGAGUUGAUCAAACUCAAGCUAGCACAAGUAGAGUUGUCGGGACCUAUGGCUACAUGGCUCCAGAAUAUGCAAUGCAUGGUCAUAUUUCAGUAAAAUCUGAUAUAUAUAGUUUUGGUGUCCUAAUUCUAGAGAUCAUUAGUGGCAACAAGAAUGCAUCUUUCUAUAUAUCAAGCCAUGCUGAAGACUUGCUAAGCUAUGCCUGGAAACUCUGGAGGGAAGGGGCGCCAUUAGAAUUGCUGGAUCUUAGUCUAACAAGUUCUUGUUCAAGGAAUGAAGUCAUGAGAUGCAUUCAUAUAAGCUUGUUGUGUAUUCAGGAAAAUCCAGCUCUAAGACCUGCAAUCCAAUCUAUUUUGGUGAUGCUAAGUAGUCAUUCCGUCACCUUGUCAGAUCCUCAAGAGCCAGCUGCAUCUUUUGUAGAUCGCCAUAGAACAGAUUUAAACAAUCUUGCAAUUUUUGAGAAUACUUCGGAUCGUUCUGCAAGUAAAUAUAUGCAACGGUCUGUGAAUGAAGAUGCAAUUACUGACUUGCAUCCUCGUUAGUACCUUUGUUCAGUUAAAUACUCAAAUUAGCAUUAUUGCGUCAAAUGGGUGUAGACGUGUAGUAUCAAAAAUUAAAACACGCCAUUUGUGUAUUUCUCUUUAAAGGAGGAUUAUGGAAUACUUUACAGGUCAAGUGCAAGCUUAAGGACAGAAUUGCCUUUCCAAUUUUAAACAAUUAUCUAGCUCUUAUGUAA